CGAUUGACAUUGGUGAGCAAAGUUGCUCCAAUGGCGGCAUGUUUGUGUUGGGUGCUCGGCCUUUGUGUGAAUUAGCGGCGGUGCUCUCGUCAAAGUGAUAUUCACCGUGUUUCGACAGCUCACUGGUCCCAGAAUCAGAUACAUGCCCAUCAUGGAUUUGACACAAACCGUCCUAACUGCGUCGGUUGUCAUCGUGUCCUGCUUAGGAUGGACUCUGUGUCAGAGCGACGCCUUCUACUUCAGCGCUCAGCCGGCUGACGUGAGCGUCGUUCAGGGCGAGAGCGCCACGCUACGAUGCGACGUCUCCCAUCGCCAGGGCGUCGCCUUCUACUGGACGUUGGACGGCGAACCCGUCCGCAACACUACGAGGCGAUUUCAGCGCGGUUCCGAACUUCACGUCACUCGGGUGGACCCCGCCAAGGACCUGGGAGAGUUCAAGUGCAUCGCCACCAACGUCACGACGGGCUUCUCCAUCGCUUCGCAAGGGGCCCAACUCAACAUCUUCUGGCUGGGUGAACGCGUCUCCGUGGAGCUGCACAGCUCCCCCACGGCCGCCGCCAUCCAGUCGGGGUCUGACCUGAGCCUGCGGUGCAAAGCCGAAGGAGCCCCCGAACCCCAGCUGGAGUGGUAUCGUAACGGGGUUCGUCUCUUCCGAAGCGAGCGAAUCUCCCUGCGAGGCCGACGACUGCAGGUCACCUCCGUGGGCCCGAAGGACAACGGGGUCUACUCGUGCCGCGCCGUCAACGAGGCCGGGGCGGUCGCCAGCGACCCCAACUUCGCCCUCGUCAUAGCAGGUGACAACGUUCCCGCCAUCACGACACUCCCGUCCGCCGUGACCGUGCGUCAAAACGAGACCGCACGCCUGGACUGCGUCUACAAAGGGGCAGCCAUUACGGAGUGGUACUCGCAUGAUGGAGACGUACCUCUGUCCAACUCGUCCAAGAUCACCAUUUUGCCAAACUCGUCGCUGGUCAUCCACAACGUCGGCCCAUUGGACGAAGGCCUGUAUCGGUGCGUCGGCAUCGGUGAAGACAAGUCCUCCGCGCAGCAGACAUUUGUGGCACCCAUCCGCCUGGCCUACCUGAACGACUUCAGAGACGUCUCCAUCGAGCCGCCCCUGCAGGACACCCGCACGGCGGUGGUCGCCAAGAACCGCCCCCUGGAACUGAUGUGCGUGGUUCCCGGCGGCCACCCGAAGCCCCGGGCCUGGUGGGAGGACAACCAGGGCCACGUGGUCAGCGACGCGGGCCGGAUACGCGUCGCUGACAUGAGGCUCCUCUUGGACUCGGCUCGUAAAGGGGAUGCUGGGAAUUACAGCUGCGUGGCCGAGAACAUUGCCGGAGCACGGCGUACGUCGGUCCACGUGUACGUCGCCGUCCCGCCAUCCAUCACCACGCAUCCGCUGGACCUGUCCGUGGACGAAGGCGAAACGACGUCUAUGUCGUGCGUCUACACCGGCUCCCCCUACCCCGUGACGCAAGUGACGUGGCAACACAACGACCGGCCCCUGCGAGGUAUUCCUCCGCACACAACCAUGCACAAGAACGGCACCCUCGUCAUCCGCGGCGCCGUCCUCAGCGAUGCGGGCGAUUACCGUUGCCAGGUCAACACCACGGGGUUCCCGGUCGAAACCUCCAAGGUUGCCACCCUGCAAGUUAGAGAGAUGUUGAAGUUUGUCCUUCCACCUGUGAGCAAGAACCUGGAGCUGGGUUCCAACUCCAAGAUCCACUGCAAGGCCAGGGGCAACCCACCCCCAAUAGUCCGUUGGAUUAAGGAGGGCCAGCAGCCUUACCUGGAGUGGCCGCCCCAUAUCAGGGACGAAAACGGGACCCUUCGCUUUGAAGGGGUGAGGGAUGCAGAUAAGGGACUCUACAUGUGUGUUGCAACGUCAACUCAGGGGCUCAUCAAUGCUACCAUACAAGUGGAUGUUAUAGUGAUGCCUCUCUUCAGUGUUCCGCCAAAAGACACAAAAGCAAUGGAAGGUUACCCAGCCAUGCUUCACUGCAUAGCGACUGGCAAUCCUGACCCAACCAUUCAGUGGGAUCGCAACAACGUGCUCAACGACAUUGAUCCCAAACGCUUCAGAGUACUUGAAAACAAUUCGCUCUUCAUCUCCGAGGUCUACCGGGAUGACGAAGGGAAAUAUGGCUGCACCGCUGGCAACAGUGGAGGACUGCGCCGUGUCGAAGCGAAUCUCAUUGUGACCGGUUCGGACGAUUACGUCCCGGGCAGUAUGUCCGACCAGGGCGAGAAUACGAUGACCAAGACAGUGACCAUCACACUCGGAGCCGCAGCCAUCUACAUGAUGCUCGUCAUGGGUCUGAUGAUCUGGUGUCGAUUCAGGAGGGCCCGGCGGAAAGCGAUGAUGCUCCUGCAAGCGACGAGUGAUGUAGCAAAGUCCGACGACGAUGGCAUCGCUCCGACUGAGCUGCGCGACAAGGGUCGCGAGGCCGCUGUGCGGAGCGACGGCGACGCACAGUCGCACAGCAGUGGGUCUCAGCAUCCACGGCGGAGCCGAUCCUCCUACGACAAGCUGCAGUUCUCACGACAGGAUCUGCAGACGAUGAUGCUUCUGGGUAGGGGAGAAUUCGGCGACGUGUUUCUCGCAAAGGCCCACGGAGUGAGAGACGGCGAAGCGGAAUCUGUGGUGAUGGUGAAAGCGUUGCACUCGAGAGAGGAAGGGACGCACGCGGAGUUCAAGCGAGAAAUGGACAUGUUCUACCGCCUCAGCCACGAAGGGAUCGCUCGGCUCAUCGGAGUGUCCAGGGACGUCGAGCCCUUCCUGUCCAUCAUGGAGUACACUGACUGGGGCGACCUCAAGCAAUUCCUCCUCGCCACCCAGAAGGACAGCACCCGCAAGGGCCCCAAGCCUCCUCCUCUCUCCCAAGCGCAGGCCAUAGCCGUCUGCCAUCAGAUUGCCCUCGCCAUGGAGCACCUCUCUAACCACCGCUUCAUCCUCCGCGACCUCGCCACCCGCAACUGCCUUGUGACCUCGAGACUCGACAUCAAGGUGAGCUGCCCCGCGCUCUCCAGGGACACCUACGCCUGCGAGUACUUCAACUACCAGAACCAGGUGCUGCCCCUGCGCUGGACGCCCGCGGAAGCGCUCUUCGAGGACGAGUGGUCGACGAAGAGCGACGUGUACUCGUUCGGCGUCCUCGUCUGGGAAGUCUUCUCAAAGGCGGCGCUUCCGCAGGGCGACAAGGAUGACCAGACGGUGUUGAAACUGUUGAAGAGCGCGGAUCUGCAUUGGACGGCGCCCGACAGCGUGCCGACGGCGCUGGCGGAGCUGCUCUCCCGGUGCUGGCAGCGGUCUCCCAAGGACAGGCCAGUGUUCAGCGAGGUGGUCGCGAGAAUAGGCGAGAUCUUCGUCGACAGCAACGUGUGAGGAUGGUCCUGGACGAGGAAGGUGGUUCCAGAGGGGUGUCUGAUCCGCGCGGUGGAGGUCGGACGCUUGUAUCAGCUAUGUCUCUGAGACGGUGUACACCCGAUAGUGGAAUGGAAGGCAGGCAGGCACUGUAGUGGCCAGAGAAGAGGACUGCAUGAAUAGUGGCUAGUCUGCACACGAGAUGUCACCGCAAUGUUUGCAUCUCGUUAUGUGGUUCGUGAUGGACAGGACCGACAGGGCAGGGUAGCAUGUAUGCCGGUACAGGGACGAGAUGGCGUGGCACCGUACCGGUACUGGAGGUCUGUCGCACCCGGUACGCAAGCGGGGCACGCGCGAUUGUGUGCAGAACGCGGAGAGCACCCUACUUCUGUGUAACCUGUUCAACGAGAAAUGGAUCUGCACGAUUUUUAAUGGUUUAGGCAUGUCAGGUGCAGCAGUGUGGCAUGCUGUCCGCAACCACUUCCGAGCACUGAUGCCGCCGUCCUCGCUGGUAAGGCACAGAGGAUAUGUCAGAAGAAAGAGCGUGUCAUCCCAGGUUCUGGUCUCAUCUCACUUUCUGUUGCAUUAUCCGUGAUCAACGUCACAUUUUGAACAGUACCGUACCGCGAACUGUACCGUACGGUACGAUACCGUUAACGGUAUGCUAAAACGUCAACAGUGUCUCGAGUAUCGCGAUAUAGUUUCGGAUCAUCGCACUGUGUAUCGUACCGGGACUUUGCAAAGCGGCUUACUCAAACUCUCUACUAUUUUAAGUUCUCUAAGCUAUAGAUCAGAAAAAGUACUGUUAACUUUCAAGUCUGUGAACGUUUGCAGACCUGGACGAACCUUACUAGAAAUUUGAAAGAUUGCCGUACCGCCCGAACUAGCAGUUUUGAAUGCGGGCCUCUGGCACGCGAAAAAGUUCGUGACAUCACUAGUUGUAGAAGUGCCAGUUACUUUAAUUCUGCUCAUGCGAAGUGGAGAAAUUUGAAAGCGUUUUUGCCGAAGAUACUCCUUAACAGAGCCGUAUAUUAAAAGGGAGUCUGGCCAUUAAUGGGUCAUGCCUAUACCUGAAGCUCCACCCACUUUUUCAGCUUUCCGACCAAUGAAGUCUUGAAAUGUGAAGCACUAUCAAUCAGCCUAUCCCCACUAAAUGCCCCCUUAUCCAACAUGGGCAGCGCAAUUUUGGGUGGCGAGUGGAUUGGAUGGGAUUGACAUGGAUACCUCUCGUAAUCUGCAAAAUUUAGUGGAUUGUUGGUGCAAAUUUGAUGAGCGCCACCUAGGGAGCGUAAGGCACGUCGGGAAUUGUCGUCUGCUUCCGUCGUUGUACUGCUGCCGGCAGAACCACCUGCUGGGACACAUUCUGUUGUCGGUAUGAUUUUUAAACAAAUCUACACGAAUAGUUGGAAUGUAAGAGGCAAGAAUGUUUAUAUCCAUGAAAUCCAGCAAUUAAAUAUAAGAUUGUACAGCACAGCACCGUUUUUGUUACGGUUUCGUUGUGAUCGCCGUGCUCACUAGGCCUAACACCGGCGACAAGACGUAUGAUUUUCAGUUAGAUAUCGAUGGAUGAGCAUAAGUUGAAACUGAUUUCCGAGAAACUUGUAUUAGGAUGUACAUUUGCAGCGUAAAAUCAGGUUAGUCUGUGAAAAUUUUUUGUGACGAAAUCCCGCUUCACUGCGUUUGUUUUCGUCGCCUUUUUGGGUGGCAUUAUGGGUGUCAUGGCGACCCCCUUGGUAAAAAGCAAACCAAUCAGAGGAGCGAAACUGUGAUUGACAGGUCGAGCCUCUUUUUGUGACUCCUCCCAACGACCAGACUCCCUUUUAAUGUACGGCUCUGCUGCUUAAUGGAUAGCACUGCCACCGUGUGAGCAGUCCACAAAAUGGGAUAACCUCUCUCGUUCCACGUUGCGUACCAGCUUCGCGAGCUGUGCCGAAUUUAAAAAAAAAAAUGUUCAACUAUCGGCACGCAGCUACAGAUUCCACGUGCCUGAUGUCUCAGUAUUUAUUUAUCACCACUGUAUCACUCAUUUUUGCAUUUUUUAUUGCUACCUAUACUCGUAUUUAAUGUUGUACAGAACUACGCUGGUUUUGUACUGGCUUUGUACAGAACUACGAAUAGGUUCAGUAUGACUAGUCAAACUCAUGAGCAGCCAAACCGACGUUUGCACCAAACAUUUUUUUGACCAGGGUUUUUGUGUAUGUGUGUGUGGCGUGUCUACUUGUUGGUUUGUGCUGUACCUUUCUACCUUUUUUUUUCUACUUUGCCACUGCCAUGAUUGAGGCUUUGAUUGGCUCGUCAGGUCGGCUCGAAGCCGACUCUGACGGCGGAUUUAGGAGGGUAAACUACCGAAACUUACGAGCCCACAGGGUGUUUUCUCUGUUCAGUGCUGUAACAACGCUAAUUGUGAAUGUCUUUGAGAGCCAUUCUUGUCAUCUUUUAGAUUAGGUGUUGCCGUAUAUGCUCGCGUAAUUAAUCUUUUUCCUUGCAUAUGACUCUAGCCAUGACAUUAGCAGCACAGCCACCCCGUAAUGCUGAGAAAAUGCCCGUCGAUUGCAGGGACAGCGACGAGGACGUUUUAUGACAGAAUGAGAGUUUAGUGCUCCUCAAACGCUGUGCUCACAUAAUUUGCACUGCCCUGGCAGUUAUAAUGGCACUACCCAUUCCGGUAAAAAAAAAACUCUCCAAUUACUGUAAAAGUAGAAAUUUUUGCGAGGGCCUAAUUUUUGCGAUUUUCAUGAUCGAACUUUUUUUUUUUUUUUUCGCGAAAUAAAGGUUCUGCGAAAUAUAGGUAGCGGGGAUGAAAAAGUAGGGGCAUUGGAAUUCGCGAUGAUAUGAGCGUCUCAAAGACAAAUCGACUGACUUAACUACCUUUAUUCUCACAGAUUUGUUCUUGUUGGACACUGCUAUAAUUGCAAUGUUAAUUGAAACAUUAGUAGUUUCGCAUGCUGUAUCACACGGCAUUCCAGAUAGCUGCUUUCACAAAACCAGCACAUGUGUAAUUGUCACGGGGUUGGAGUUCACCGUAAGCCUGUACAAGCCAGCUGGCAUGUAGAGCCUGUACGACACUGCCCCCGAUUUCCGCUUCCGUCAGCUUCCACACGAAUUCGCAAAAGUAAGGUCCCGCGAAUUAUUAGGACCGCAAAAUUUACUACUUUUACGGUAAGUGAGUAAAAGACGGUAUCAUGCAGAGCGUGCCUAAAAAUAAAGGCCCUCGAAGCGCCUAUAAAUUCCAGGCAUUAAGCGACAGUGAGAAACUUACUUCACCGCCCUACUUCAAUGAAAAGCCUUCGAGGAUAUGUUGUGACACCUGGAUAUAGGUGUGGCUCAUUGCAUCAUGCAGGCAUUGUACUGCAUGCCAGAGUAUUGAAAAAAAAAAGAAAAAUUCGUCUACUUGGAGUAAUUCGUGUGAUACAGAGCCUUCAACAAACUUCAGCGUCAACCUCUGUCGAUGUCGAAGGGGCAAACGCCUCAGGUAUUCCCUUUGGUUGUAAUUUUUUUUUACGUAAGUGCCCCUUUAAACAUUAAUUUACGCACCUAUAAAGGCACUUCUAAUUAUAUACAAAAGGAGGUGUAUAGGAGCAUAUAGGAAAAGGAAACAGGAGCAUAUAGCAAAAGGAGGUGUGUUGAAGGGGGUAGUGUUUCAAGUAUGGCCGAAAUUUUGGAGUCCUGGACCACUUUGGGCCGCUUGUACCAACAUCCGCAUCAUCCGCAAAACAUACGUGAACGCCUGCAGUUUGGCUACAUCAGGAAAAAUGUGGCCCACUUCAUGUUGUAUUCUGUUGGACAUCCAUGUCAAAGUCUGGGUAUUUUUACGUGGGGUGGCAGCGGGGUGGUUCGCCCGGACUGGUAGUCCGCCGUCAUCUUCAUUUAUGUGACGUAUUUUUAUUCUCGUCUACAGAGAUUCCUAAUUUUUGUACAUAGAUAUUUUACUUGAGGUACCAUCUGUGUGUUUGUACAUUUAUAUGUACAGAUGAUAAAUAGUAGUGGUGACAGCAAA